AUGGCGUCGCCACCCAAACCCUGGGAGCGAAACGGCGCAACACCAGCCGCACCAGUUCCUCCCGCAUCUGGUCCGAUGCCUGCACCAGACUCGACUUCGGCGCAGACGUCUGCAGCCGCACCAGCCAUUCCUGCCAUUCCCACAAGCCUCACAAGCACAGUAAACCAGACUGCCGCAGCAUACUCAAGACCAAUGGGAGCCAUGGGCACAAGCCCAUACGGCGGCUAUGGAACCGGCUACGGCUCAGCGUACUCCUCACCUUACGGAGGUAGCAUGUAUUCUCGCUAUGGUGGCUAUGGUGGUUAUGGCGGCGGCAUGCUUGGUGGUGGCUAUGGAUCCGGUAUGCUCGGCGGUGGCUAUGGAUCCGGAAUGCUUGGUGGCGGUUAUGGCGGCUAUGGAGGCAUGCCUGGCAUGCAAGGCGACCCCAAUGAUCCCAACAGCCUGGCGAAUCGGUUCGGUUCUAGCACGCAAGCUACCUUUCAAAUGCUCGAGGCCAUCGUUGGCACAUUCGGAGGUCUCGCGCAGAUGAUGGAGAGCACGUACAUGACGACUGCUUCCAGCUUUUUUGCGAUGAUCUCUGUCGCGGAACAGUUUGGCAACCUGCGCGAGACGCUGGGCUCUCUCUUGGGUAUCCAUUCACUCAUCCGUUUCUUACGAACUGUGAUUGCCAAGAUCCUUGGUAGGCCACCUCCAGCCGACGCCAUGUCCUUGACACCGGCAGCUUUUGCCCGAUUCGAAGGUCGCAAUGCUCCGGGUGGUGGCUCUGAUGGUGCUCCUCGCCCAAGCCGAAAGCCUCUUCUCUUCUUCAUCCUGGCUGCAUUUGGCUUGCCGUAUCUGCUGCAAAAGGCCAUCAAAGCUCUGGCUGCAAAUGAGGAGGUAGAGAGGCAACGUCGUAUGGAGUUGCAGGCCAAGCAAACCGCUGGCAACGUUCCGCAGCUUGAGUUCUGUCGUCUCAUGUACGAUUUCACGCCGCCAACUCAACCCGGCGGCAGCAAUCCUCUCCCCGGUGUUGAUCUCACGGUGAAGAAGGGUGACUUUGUUGCCGUGAUGAGCCGGACUGAUCCUCUUGGAAAUCCAUCCGAGUGGUGGAAAUGCCGUACCAAGGAUGGCCGCUUCGGCUACCUGCCGGCCAACUACCUCGAGCCUGUGCCCAUGCGCGGCGAGGCUGCCAAACCGAUCAUGGCUAUAAAAGCUGCAAGCGACACCACGAGUAGGACUAGCUCGCUGACUAGCUCGGUCUCGGCUCCAGUGAUGGCCCCAAUGCCUUCAACCAAGGUCGGUGAUAUUACCGCUGAGAGUUUUCAAAAGUCGCAGUUCUACAGCUAG